UACAAAUAAGGAAGAAUGGAGUCAUCACACAAGCUUUUCCAGGCCAUUGCCAUCCUCCUCCUGCUCCUAGUCGCCACCGAGGUGGUGCCAGCGCAGGCACGAGAGUGUGAGACAGAGAGAGAGCGGUUCAACGGGCUGUGCUUCGUGUCCGCAAACUGCGCCGGUGUGUGCGGUGCGGAGGGGUUCACCGGCGGCAAGUGCUCCGGCUUGAAGAGGAGCUGCAUGUGCACGAAGGAGUGCUAGAAGAUAUCAUGAUAUAUUUAGGUGGUUGGAUGGUGAUAAUUAUGAACUUAUUCUUCACAUGGUUUGAAUUACCUUUGUUCGUAUGUCUGAUAAAGUUCCAGGUUCACCGCGGCGUUAUCCUUGGGUUCGAAUGAAGGAACAUGUUUUGUUUCUUUAAAGCAAAGAAAAUGUGUGGCCCAUGAGAGUGCUCAUGGGAUCACAUGUAUCUCCUUUUUUUCUGUAUUUUUCUCUUCUUUCUGGGUGUGCCUAGCUCUUAUCUAGAUGAGACAUAACUAAGUACCAUCAAACUCCUAUGCCAUUUGAUUUUACAUAGAGAU